AUGGACAAUCAGAGAGACUCAAGCUCGCCAGGCGUACCGAACCACUCGCGGAGACAGUCUACAGGGCUCCAUUUGGCCUGCAGAGAAUGCCAGCGCAAGAAUAUCAAGUGUGAUCGAACGUAUCCAUGUGGCCAGUGUACCAGAUCAGGCCUGCGUUGUCAAAGCAGUACACGGAAGCCGCGCGCAAAGGCAGGCGCCAAGGCUGUCGACGCUGAUCUUCGUAAUCGCAUAGCCAAGCUGGAACGACUUGUCGAAAGCUUUCAGGGAGAUGAGAGCAGCAGCGAUGCCCCAUCCAUCACACCAGCGACAAAUGCGACGAAAAGUAGACAUACUUCUAUGACAGGACCGGAGAGUCUAGCCGUGAGGCAAAACUCUGACUCUCCUAGCAGCCCAAUGGACACGGCUCUACCAUACACAAAUAAGUAUGUUGCUGGAACAUUCUGGUCGUCUCUGACUUCUGAAGUCAAAGCACUCGCGGAUGCGUUUGAGGAGGACGGCCUACCCAGCGAUGAUGAGACCACAAGCCCGGAAACAACGCCUCCUUCAGCACCAUAUGCACUAGACUCUACGAACGGAGCAUCAGCUGGGUAUGAGCUGAUUUUGUGUCCUCCUGGUGUGCUUUAUGUAAUGCCAGGAGCCCUCCAAGAACCCGCGCCCGAAAGAUCUGCAGAGCUCAUUCACAACUUCCUUGAGUAUGUGGAGCCCAGCUAUAAGAUGUUUCACGUACCCACACUGGCAGCCUUUCUGCAACAAGGCCAGCCAUACCUCCAUCGAGCUCCGGAUGCGCCUUGCAACAAAGCUUUGAGGGCGUCGGUGUACUUUGCUGGAAUUAAUGCUCAUACCGAAGAAGAGUGUCAAGAAACUUAUGGCAAGCCUUUGAACCAGAUGGUGCAAGAGUUUCGGCGGAACGUAGAUGUAGCUCUCUACCAGGCGGAUCCUAUGAACACGACUGAGACUGCUACGUUGCAAGCUUUGGUGCUUUACGUGGCAAGCGUGCGAGUCAUGGACCCAAGCCGGCGAGCAUGGUCUCUGAUUGGUCUUCUUGUACGUAUUGCUCGUGCCAUGGGCAUACAUCGUGAGAUUGCAGGCGAAUCACCAUUUCUGGCCGAGAUUCGGAGGCGUCUAUGGUACAACAUCGUCUUUCUGGAUUGCUAUGCUUCGGUCGAUCGAGGCUCAGAACCAGCCAUUCACCCGGAAACAUUCUCGCGACUGCUCCCCAUGAACGUCAACGAUGCUGACUUCGGCGAGUACUCACUCAGCGUUAAUAACACCGCGGGAAGGCAUCACCGACACCUCCCUCUGAAAUUCUCCUUACCAGAAGACAGCACUGCGGGGCCCGCGCAGUCUUGGCAAACCCGGCUGGAACUUGCCUACGAGUAUCAGCGCAGUGUGAACGACAAGUUCAUCCGACAUUGCGAUCCUACUAACAUGAAACACCACAUGAUGAUAAUCGGAACAGGCACUGCGGCCACUAAUGCGAUGAUCCUGCGAGCAGUGCGACCGAUACAGAUCCAUCCGAAUAGCGUACCGCCGCGAGUCGACAGUCCUUGGGUCAUGGAACUUGCAUUGAAUAUCCUCCGCCACGCCAACGCAUCUUGGGAACAGACGGUAGGACGCUGGCGUCGAAUGCCCUGGGUACCAUGGCACGCCAUCGGCGUAGCCCUCGCAGGCCUCUGCUCCAUCCGCGGUACAGACCAAGCAAACGAAGCCUGUGUCCUCGUCGAACAAGCCAUGUCCCGCUACGGCGCGAACGUCGCCGACAGCCCCACUGGAAUGCUCUGGCGACCGAUUGAGAAGCUAUACAAGAAAGCCAAAGCUUUCAGAGAUCAGUCAGAUGUCCUGGUUCCAGUGUCGGCACCAGCACCAAUUCCUGCCAAGGUGGACCCAGGAUGGGAAGCACCGAUACCACAGCAGCCACUGACUAUGCAAUCGUCUCCGGCAGCUCCUAUGAAUCCGCUGGGUAUGCCGGCCGAUGUGUUUAAUUUUCCGCCUGAUAUGCAGGCUAGUUUGCCGAGUGAUAAUAGUUGGCUUGAUUGGGAGUCGAUUUUGAAGGAUAUGGAUGACAUCAAGGCGGAUGAUAUGCAGUGGAUGUAA